CAGCCUUUUUGGCCCGAGGCCCCCCCCCCCGCCGGCGCACAGGCAGUGGCCCUCCGCGCCGCCCGGCCCCGCCCCGCCUCGCGCCUCGGCCCCCCGCGCCGCCGCCCUUCUCGCGCCAUGGCCCGCAGGUAUGACUCCCGAACCACAACCUUCUCGCCCGAGGGCCGCCUGUACCAGGUAGAGUACGCGAUGGAGGCCAUCAACCUUGCUGGUUCUACCGUCGGGGUACUUGCAGCAGAUGGAGUGGUGCUCGCAGGCGAAAAGAAGACGAUCUCCAAAUUGUUGGAUCAGGCGAAGCAGCACGAGAAGAUCUUUCAGAUCGACUCGCACAUGUUCUGUGCCGUCGCGGGCAUCCCCUCGGACGCGAACAUCUUGAUCGACAAACUGCGGCUGACUGCGCGGCGGCACGCCUACGUCUAUGGCGAGCCCAUGCCAGUGGAGCCCCUGGUCACCUCCAUCUGCAACGAGAAGCAGGGCUACACGCAGUACGGAGGUCUGCGCCCCUUCGGUGUCUCCUUCCUGGUGGCGGGCUACGACACCCAGCACGGCUUCCAGCUUUACCACACGGACCCCUCUGGCAACUUCAGCGGGUGGAAGGCUUACGCCAUCGGCAUCAACAACAACACGGCGCAGCAGGUCAUGAGGCAGGACUGGAAGGAGGGCAUGCCGAUUCAGGAGGCGCUGGAGCUGACGGCCAAGGUGCUAACGAAGACCAUGGACACGGCAAACCCCAACGCUGAGAAAUUGGAGUUCGGCGUCGUCGAGAGGACGACCCAGGGGCAGGUGAAGUUCAGGAUGCUCAAGGACGCGGAGGUGAACAAGCUCAUGGCCGACGCGGCGCCCAAGGAGGAAGAGGUGGCCGCGGAAAAGUGA